GUGUGCGUAAGGCCGUGUUCGCAUACAGCGUUAGCGGUGUUCUUUCGAGCUGGUUUUGGCUUGAUCGACAAGGUGUUGUUGAAUUUGUCGCAAGGUCUUGCCGGCUGCUGGGUUCGCAUUUGGUCAGAAGGGUACCUCCGACACUCCUCACCGCUGCUCCUGCGCUUGCUGUGACUGGAGGAUGGCUGUACGUUUGGUGAUCCGAAGUACAUCAUUGGCGCGUACGGUUCAUGCCAAUAUCAAUCUUGCCGACGUCACGAUCCAUCCUCAACAAUCGUCAUACAGCAUUACCAACAGCUUUACGUUGU